GUGUGAGAGCAGCACUAGAUAUAAUGUGUGUGUUGUGUUCAGAUCUUCAGCUGGAGUCUCCUGAGAGAGUGACAGAGGGAGAUUCAGUCCGUCUGACAUGUAGAAGCAGCUGUAAACUGACUGACACACCAACAUUCAUCUGGUACAGAAACUCACAGAGAUUGACUGAAGGAACUAUUGGAAACAAACUCAUCCUCAAGUCAGUCGGAAGAGAAGAUUUAGGCAGAUAUAGAUGUGCUGUAUAUGGACACACACUCACAUCACCUGAGGUCUAUCUCAAUGUCACCUAUCCUCCAAAGAGCGUCUCAGUGUCCAUCAGUGGAUCUGCUGUAAUAAUGUCUGGAGAUUCAGUGACUCUGAGCUGCAGCAGCGACUCAAACCCUCCUGGAAUAAUCAGCUGGUUUAAAGGAAAAAUGCUUGUCGGAUCUGGAAGAAUCUUCAGCAUCUCCAAGAUCAGCUCUGACGACAGUGGAGAAUACAAGUGCAAGGCCAGAAAUGCACAUGGAGCGAGAUACUCUGAUCCUGUGACUUUAGAUGUCCAGUGUGAGUUCAUGAUGGUUCAGCGAUGUAGACGAUGUUAGUUGUGAAUAUUAAAGACAUCAUUGCUUAUCUGUUUUAGAUCCACCUAGGAGCGUCUCAGUGUCCAUCAGUGACUCUAAAAAUAAAGUGGGGGGAGAUUUAGUCACUUUGACCUGCAGCAGUGACUCAAACCCUCCUGCAGAAAUCUGCUGGUUGGAGGAGAAUCAAAGCUCAGCUGUUGGAUCUGGACAGAGUUUCAGUGCAGUACAGAGUGGACGCUUCUACUGCGUGGCUCGCAAUCCACAUGGAGCUCAGAGAUCAGACGCCGUCACUGUCACUGUUAAAGUAAAGCACUGGAAGAUAUAUCAUACUGCUGUCGUAGUAUCACUUUGUGGAAUUGUCGCUGCUUUCAUCAUUGGGUUAAUAACCUGCUAUGUGAAGCAGAAACAAAUGCGUCCUCAGACCCUCACAGACUAUUCUGAUGACAUAAGCAUAAUCUUCGAUCCCAGGCAGAUGCCAUAUGUGUAUGAGAAUGUGAUGGAUGUUCAUCCCUGCACAGACAGUCAUGAUCCUAAGAUGACCAUUCAUCUGUAUGAGAACCUUGCAGUUUAUGGAAAUGUUGCUAUUAACAGGAACAUGCCUUAGUGGAUGAUCUCUGAGUGGGCGGAGCUCUGGAUGAUUGACAGGACUGUCUCAUAAUGCUUUACUGGAGAACUUUGGUGGGAAAAACAUGGCAUUUGAUGGACUGGGAAGAAUAGGCUUGUUGUUGGCUAACUAUGUCAUCAUGAAAUGUUAUAUUAUUGCUUCCUGUCUGUUAAUUGUUUUAUUUUAAUUGUUUAAAGCAUGAGUAUAAAGUUUUAAGUGUAGUGCCUCAGUGUAUAGAUAAGUGUGUGGGGUUUAUUUCAAAGCGAAAACAAAAUAUUGGCUUACUCCAUUGGCAGAUUAUUUAGCUUGUUUUACGGAAAAAAAACUCACUUAGUUUUGAAUGAUUAUUUCUUUGCAGAUAUUUAGCUUGUGUUUUUAGCGGUGUAGGCAUGGAAAAUAUUUACUAAAAGCCGUCUAAAAGCUUAAAUAAUAAAUACUAAGUGUAUUUGAGUACACGGUGUUCA